AAGCACCAGCCGGGUUCCAAUCACCGGACGGCUGCCAUUGUUCACUCGGAACACGAAUGAGAGAAAGGAUCACAAUUUUGAAACCUCAAUAGCGCCAAUUCUAGGGCAUUGUUCCCCGCCCUGCCACCUCCUCUCCCUUCCUCUCUCUCGUCCAUUCCGUCGGUUCUUCCGCGAUCGAGGUCUUAACUGGGGCCUGCAAAUUUCUAGGGUUUCAUUCGAUUCUCUUUUGGAUGCCUUCUCGAGUUUUUGCUCCCGUCUCCUUUCUGCUGUAUUUGGUUCCUUGAAUUUAGGGUUCCUUCUUCGUUUCAAGAGGAGCAUUCAUUUGAACUCUCUUCGGACUGAAGGAUGAAGGACGGUUCGAGUAAAAGAUCGGGUGCGGGGCUCUCUUCUCUUCACCCAGCGAACCGCGUGCAAGAUGCUUUAGAACAUCUUGCCUCUAUUGAUCCAAUUGAUUUGUGCAAAGAAGCAAAACUCGAACUGUGUCGAGCCACAAGAGAUCUGAGAAGCUGUGGUCGCUAUGUUCAACAUGUCCUGACCUCAUGUCAACAUGCACCCCUAUGUGCAGAAUGCAGACAGAAAUGUGACAUGUGCCCAAUAUGCAAGACUGCAAUACCAAGGAGUGGCAACAACUUUCAGUUGCGCUUGUAUGAUCAAUGCGUGGAGGCUGGUCUCAUUCCUAAGGAGCAUGCUGAUCAGUUUCAGCAAAGAGGAGAAAAACAUUCAACAGUUGAUGUGCAACGAUUGUAUUCUUUGUUUGAUGUUGCUGUGGAGAACAAUUUGGUUACUUUGAUUUGUCACUAUAUCACUGAUGUAUGUAUGGAUGAAAGUGCUGUGUCCAGUGAUCCUGUUGUGGCCAUCCUCUUGGAUGAAGUUGUUGUGACAGAAUGGUGCAAGAGGGUAUUCAAGAGCACCUUAGCAGAUCUGCAUUCAAAAUACAAAGUUGAAGUGAAAGAGAUGACCAGAAAUUCCACAUCGUUGCUAAAACCAAUGCUACUGCUGAGUGGCCUAGCACAUGUGCUUGAUACUUUAGAUGCAUCUUUUCAAGGGACCCAGUCUCCACAACUUGAGGAGCUGCAUCAUCUUUGUGAAAAUGUCUUAAGAGCAAAACAGCAUUUGGAAGUUAUGGUAUGGUGCAUAAGGCAUCAGUUUCUUGAGCACAUGCCUUCACGUUAUUCAACUAUCUCCUCAUGGCGCUCCACAUUUCAUGAAAGAAAAACAGCAGCCAUGAGACGCUGUUGGCCCGAAUUCAUGUGUAAUGAUACUGAAGCUGCACAGCCAGGAUCUACUUUGUUCAUAGAGGAUGCAUUGUCAAAUCUUGUGAUGGAACAAGGACAGGAGGGGUCUGGAGAACUUGAAGUUGCAUGUCUUUUGAAAGAUCGCAGCUCAUCAUUGUCAAUUGAAGAAGCAUCAGGAAUCUACCCAUUUGAGAACUUGCGAGCUGCUGUUGAUAUGCUUUUCCUACAAGGGAGCUCUGAUCUACUUGUUGCAAAGCGAGCCAUCCUGCUGUACUACUUGUUUGAUCUUUAUUGGACACUACCUGAUGGAGAAUGGAGAAAAGUGAUUGAUGAUUAUGCUAAUACUUUUGGCAUUGGAAGUCACUCUCUGGUAGAAUCUUUGACAUUCUACCUUUUGGAUGAUGACAAAGAGGCAGCUUUGAAGGAAGCUUGUCGACUUCUACCUGAAAUUGCCGGUCCUGGAACACAUCCUAAGGUUGCUCAGGUUUUGCUGGAAAGGCAAAUGCCAGAUGCUGCUUUGAUGGUUUUACGCUGUUCUGGACAUGAUGGUUUGAGUCCGUUUACUAAUUCUGUGCAUGAGGCAACUCCUUCAGUCCCACUUCAUGUAGCUGUAACUGCUGUUCGUGUUCGAAUUGAGUGUGGGCUCUUGACUCAAGCUUUUAUGUACCAAAGAAGGCACUGUUCAAGGCUAAAGGAAGAGCAAGUGCAACAUAAAUCUGCUUCAGUAUCUGCGAAGAAUCUUGAAAGCAACUAUUAUGACUGGAAACACCAAAUGGAGAUUUUGGUAACGGAGAUGUGUUUUUUGUGUAUGCGGAGGAACUUGGUGGAUAGAAUGAUCGAAUUACCCUGGAAUGUUGAUGAAGAAAAGUGUCUACGCAAGUGCCUCCUCAGCAGUGCUCUUGAGGACUUGUCAUCAAACUCUGGUAGCCUUCUUGUUGUGUACUAUCUCCAGCGGUGCCGGUAUAUUGAAGCAUAUGAGGUAGACUGGACUCUUAGGAAUCUUGAGGAGAGUAUAAUCUCAAAGAGUAUUGACAAAGAAAACAUAUCAAGGAUAAGAACAAUUAGUCAAUGGAGAACUGGUCUUGUGGAGAAAUGUGUUGACUUGCUUCAUGAGGUGCAACGUCAGCAGUUGAAAAGUGGUAGCGUCACUGAUGUUGUCUCACUCAUUCAUAAGGAUACUGGCUUCUCUGGAAAAGCUGAUUUAUUUGGCACUCCUCAAGUAUCAAAAGGCUUGCUAGUUGCUUCUUCAGUUCCAUCUGUCAUUUUUCCACCAGAUGUUACCCCUCUAUCUUCUGUAAAAGCAACUGUUCCUGACACUUAUUCUAGACUACCAGAGGCUAGUAGUGGUACCUUGCUGGAUUCCAGUGGGCCUCAAGCAUCGGCUGCUCUUUAUAGGCAAUCACCUGCCUCUGGAAAUCCAAGUUUUCUUAGUCGCAUAGGUUCACCUGCUCUAGAUAGAGCAUCCGAGCCAAGAUUCAAGUGUAACUUAGACCUUAGUCUCUCAGGCAGCAAAACUAGAGCUAUUGAUGGUGUUCCUGAAAGAUAUUAUCUUGCUAAUGACUUCAAUUUAUUGAAGGACAGUAACAGACGCACUUCAAGGUUCUCAUUUAUUUCUUCAGAGAAUCCUUCACGGCACACUGAGAAGAUAUUGUAUGCUGCUGAUCAAAAUGGCUUUGGGUAUCAACCUGAAAAUUCCCUUCCAUCUUUAUUGAAUGGCUCUACUCCUGCGAGCUGCUAUCACUCACCAGAAAGCGAGCUUCCAGGCAGUGAUGACAGGGCUAGCAUGCCAAGUGGAUACACAGCAGACAAAGACAAAGCCCGCUUCUCGGCUUCAUUAAUUUCAGGGAAGAGGCUUUUUCAGGUUGAAGCUGUUGAGCUGUGUGAUGAGGAUGUUGGUGAUGCAGCGCCGUCGAGUGUUGAUCGUGCUCCAAGAUGGAGGUCGGACGAAACUAGUGAAGAUGAAGACGAUCCAACCUUAACAAGGAAAACGUUAGGAACCCCUGCAGCAACGCCUGCAAGGGAAAGAAGGGGAAGAAGAAGAAGUUACAGAGCAAUAUAGAAAGGUUACCGCUUCCUAAUGCUGUAGCCCACGAGACCAUUUUUGUAGAUUGUUUCACUCGUUUCAUUUGCGGGGAAGGGCCGAUUCUUGGCUGCAUAUUUUCCUACAUGUACUGAUAUCAAGGGUAUGUAAUGUAACGUGCUUUGAAGAGCCAUUUGAAAUAGAUAAAAUCACGUGGUUGGUACCGCGAGUCGGUAUGA